AAGCGCUUCCUGAGUUAGGGGGUCGGUGAAAGAUGGCGGCCACCGAAGGUGCUUGGUGUUUGUGCAAGUUAUUGAGGUUUUUUUAUUCACUAUUCUUCCCUGGGCUAAUUGUAACUGGAAGUUUAUGUGUAUGUUUGAUCAUUUUCCUUUGGGGAAUCAGACUGCUACUACAGAGAAAGAAAAAGUCAGUGACAACUAACAAAAAUGAGAAAAAUAAGAUGGUGAUUGCAUUUUUCCAUCCAUACUGCAAUGCUGGUGGAGGCGGAGAGAGAGUGUUAUGGUGUGCCUUAAGGGCCCUCCAGAAAAAGUAUCCUGAAGCAGUUUAUGUUGUUUAUACUGGGGAUGUUAAUGUCAGUGGUGACCAGAUACUAGAAGGUGCUUUCAGAAGAUUUAACAUCAGAUUAAUUCACCCAGUGAAGUUUGUUUUCUUAAGGAAGCGCUACCUUGUAGAAGAUUCACUGUAUCCUCACUUCACAUUACUGGGCCAAAGUCUAGGAUCCGUGUUUCUUGGCUGGGAAGCUCUGAUGCAGUGUGUUCCUGAUGUUUACAUCGAUUCCAUGGGAUAUGCCUUCACGCUUCCUCUGUUUAAGUAUGUAGGGGGAUGCCGGGUUGGAAGCUAUGUUCAUUACCCCACUAUCAGCACUGACAUGCUCUCUGUAGUGAAGAAUCAAAACGUUGGAUUUAAUAAUGCGGCCUUCAUCACCAGGAAUCCAUUUCUCAGCAAGAUGAAGCUCAUCUACUACUAUUUGUUUGCUUUCAUGUAUGGUGUCGUUGGGUCUUGCAGUGAUGUAGUCAUGGUCAAUUCUUCCUGGACACUAAACCAUAUUCUCUCCCUGUGGAAGGUUGGGAGUCGCACCAGCAUUGUUUAUCCACCUUGUGAUGUGCAGACUUUUCUGGACAUUUCCUUAUAUGAGAAAAAGACAACCCCAGGACACCUGCUGGUUUCUAUUGGCCAAUUCAGGCCUGAAAAGAACCAUCCUUUGCAGAUCAGAGCCUUUGCUAAAUUGCUAAAUAAGAAGGUGACAGAGUCACUUCCUUCAAUGAAACUUGUCCUCAUUGGGGGUUGUCGUAACAAAGAUGAUGAACUUCGAGUAAAUCAACUGAGAAAGCUUUCUGAGGACCUAGGAGUUCAGGAUGCUGUAGAAUUUAAAAUAAACAUUCCAUUUGAAGAAUUAAAGAAGUACUUGUCUGAAGCAACAAUUGGUCUUCACACUAUGUGGAAUGAGCAUUUUGGGAUUGGAGUUGUGGAGUGCAUGGCAGCUGGCACAAUUAUCCUUGCACAUAAUUCAGGGGGCCCAAAGCUUGACAUUGUAGUUCCCCAAGAAGGAGCUGUAACUGGAUUUCUGGCUGAGAGUGAAGACACCUACGCAGAGACAAUGGCUCAGAUUCUUACCAUGUCUGCAGAAACGAGACUCCAGAUCAGAAAAAAUGCUCGUGCAUCUGUACACAGAUUCUCCGACCAAGAAUUUGAAGUGACGUUCCUAUUGUCUGUAGAGAAGUUAUUUAAAUAAUGCCACAUCUGCACAAACUAAAGCUAUUUCAUAUAAAGUGGUUAAACAUCUUCAUGUGUAUAUA